AUGGAUUCAAUUCGAAAUUCUUUAAGAGCACAUGGCAGAAUUUUUGCAGCAAAUUGUGCAUUAUUCACCUUAAUACCAAAGACACCCGAAGCAAAAUCAAUGAAGGAUAUGCGUCCUAUAGCGUGUUUCACGACGGUGAUUCAAGACAACAUCCUUAUGGCUCAAGAAUUAUUACGCAGAUACAGUCGUAAACAGGUGUCGCCUAAAUGUGCUAUCCAAAUGGAUAUUCAAAAGGCAUAUGACACACUCGAGUGGUACGCUAUUAAUGGUCAGGUUACCAACAUGCUGACUGCCAAACGUGGGUUGCGACAGGGGGAUCCUAUUUCCCCCUUACUAUUUGUGCUGGUUAUUGAAUAUAUGCACCGCUGCUUGAAAAAUCUGGAGCAGCGGACGGAGUUCAAGUAUCACCCUCGAUGCAAGAAGCUAGGAAUCACAAAUGUGAGCUUUGCUGAUGAUGUGAUGUUAUUCACCAGGGGUGACAAAAGUUCUGUGCACCUUAUAUUACAGGAAAUAAGUUUUGCAGAAGGAAAGAUACCAUUCAAAUACCUUGGAGUUCCUUUAGACAGUAAGAAACUAUCAGCCCAGUAUUUCAGACCAUUGAUUGAUAAGAUUAUGGCGAGAAUUACACAUUGGUCGGCCCGGUUGUUGAGUUAUGCAGGCCGUUGUCAACGGAUUAACAAUACACUGUUUGCCAUCUCAGCCUACUGGAUGCAAGUCUUCUAUUUCCCUAAAAAAGUCAUCAAGCAAAUCGAGGCGUUAUGUCAGAAUUACUUGUGGAGUGGGACUAUGAUGAGCAAGAAGGCACCGAUAGCUUGGGAAAGUGUUUGUUUACCCAAAUCAGCGGGGGGACUAAAUAUUAUAUCCUUGCAGGUUUGGAACAAAGCUAUUAUGGGGAAGCUCUUGUGGAAUAUACACAAAAAAGCGGACAAACUAUGGAUUCGUUGGUUGGAUAUUUACUUCUUUAAAAACCAGGAUGUUAUGCAAUGGCAAGUGAAGCAGAGUAGUUCUUGGAUGGUGAGGAAAUUAUGCAGCCUUCGAGACACUAUGAAAAAUACACCAUACUGGGAACAAGCGGAGGUAAGUGAUAAAUUCAAGACAUCCGACAUGUACAAAGCAAUUAUGGGAGAUGUUAACCAUGUUGAGUGGAAGAAGAUGAUUGUUGAUAACUAUGCGAGACCAAGAACCAUAUUCGCGCUUUGGAUGACCCUUAAAGGUAGAUUGCCCACAAAGGAUAGAUUAUGUAAGUUUGGGAUCCUAACGGAGAAUAGAUGUUGUUUUUGCCAAGGUGAAGAAUCGAUUGAGCACUUGUUUUUUGCGUGUGAUGAAACGAAGAAGAUUUGGAAAACUGUCUUGGAAUGGCUUCACAUCGAUAGGAACCCAAGGGGAUGGAAGGAAGAAAGCAUGUGGCUCAUUAGUGAAACAAGGAAGAAAGGAUGGAAAAGAAAAAUCCUAAAAGUGGCUAUUACGGAAACGAUAUAUGAAGUGUGGAAGGGGAGAAAUCACAUGGUGUUUAAUCAAACCAUGUUGGAUCCUCACAUGAAAGAGAGAAUUAUAGAGAAUAUUGGCAUAAGAUGUGGUUUACAUAGGAGUUUAUCUAUACACAUAAGAGAGAAUAGAGUAGAUUAA